AUGGAAGUGUGUAUGAUCAGAUGGGAUCCAGAGUUGAGUUUCCUUAGGCCAGACAGCCGGCGUGAAAGUCGUAUAAGAGCGGUUGUGUUGUUUGGGUCCUUCACGGAGGAUGAGACCAAGUUGUUCCAGGGGCAGCCUGCUAAAAGUGAGGAGAAAUCAUGGGAACUACCUGAGAUCCAGUUUGGGUCACUGAAUUUUUCUGUGCUAAGUUUAGAGAAAGGGGCAAAUGCUAUCUCUGAAGGCUCUGCCCAUUCUCCAAAACCAACUUAUGGCCAUACAAAGGAUCUCGCUGGCAGUAGUAAGAAGGAAGCUGUAGCAUCUACCUUACCAAAUGGUGGGCCAGUGCUGUUCAAUGGAUUUCCUGCCGAAGUUUCUCCUAAUAAUGGUAUUCUCAAGAAUGUGAAGUCUGAAGCUUCGGUUCCUUCAGCUGGGCCUGUCGGCAAUUUAAAGGAGACCAAAGCAACGGUUGCUUUAGCUGGCCCUUUGAGCAAUUUAAAGAAGACUGAAGCUCCAGUUCCUUCAGCUCGUCCUGUCAAUGAUGCAAAGAAAAAUGAAGCUCUGGCUCUUUCACCUGGGCCUGUCAACAAUGUAAAGAAGGAAGCUACGGUUCCUUCAGCUGGGCCUGUCAACAAUGUAAAGAAGACUAAAGCCACAGCUCCUUCAGCUGGGCCUGCCAACAAUGUAAAGAAGACUGAAGCCACGGCCCCUUCAGCUGUGUCUGCCAACAAUGUGAAGAAGGCUGAACCUACCGUUCCUUCAGCGAGGCAUGUCAACAAUGUGAAGAAGGCUGAAGCUACGGUUCCUUCACCUGUGCCUGUCAACAAUGUGAAGAAGGCUGAAGCUACGGUUCCUUCACCCGGGCCUGUCAACAAUGUGAAGAAGGCUGAAGCUACGGUUCCUUCACCUGGGCCUGUCAACAAUGUGAAGAAGGCUGAUGCUACGGUUCCUUCACCCGUGCCUGUCAACAAUGUGAAGAAGGCUGAAGCUACAGUUCCUUCACCCGCCCCUGCUAACACUGUAAAGAAAACUGAAUCUGUGGUUCCUUCAGUUGCGCCUAUCAAGAGCAUUAGCAGUUCAACACCAAUUGAAGGGCCAGGGCCGCACCAUGAUGGUCUCAGAUGUACAGAAAGCAGCAGUUCAGCUAUGUUAGUAACUGAGAAUGGAAGCACAGGUGCUGAUGCACCUAUUAUUGCAGCUCCAGCAGAUGAGUCCGUCACAAGUUUGAAUAAGGAAGCCUAUCAGAAUAAGCCGUUGCUUCCUCAUGGUUUGAAGAAUACAGGAAAUAUAUGCUUCCUGAAUGCAACUUUGCAGGCUUUCCUUUCAUGCUUCCCUUUUGUUCAGCUUGUACAAGACCUGAGGAACCGGACUAUACCCAAGGCUGGCUACCCUACUCUGAGUGCAUUCAUUGAGCUCGUCUCUCAGUUUGAUGUACUUGACGAGUCCACUAUGAAGAAAGAUGAGAGGUUUGCUUUAGUCGCUGCAAAAGUAAUCAAUCCUACCAUGUUCGAUCAAGUUCUGAGAAAUUUUACUCCAGAUGUACCGGCUGGAACAUCUGCUCGGCCAAGACAAGAAGAUGCCCAAGAGUUCCUAAGUUUUGCCAUGGAUAGAAUGCAUGAUGAACUGUUGAGGCUUAAUGGCAAUGGUUCAAAUUCAAAGGAAGGUAUGGUUGUUUCUUCUGAUGAUGACGAUGCCUGGGAGACUGUAGGUAGGAAGAACAAAUCUGCAAUCAUGAGAACGCAGAGUUUUGUUCCCUCCGAUCUAAGUGCUAUUUUUGGAGGCAAGCUGCAAAGUGUAGUGAAAGCUGCAGGUAACAAAGCGUCAGCAACCGUUCAGCCUUUCCUGCUGCUCCAUCUUGAUAUAUUUCCAGAUGCUGUUCAAACUCUUGACGAUGCACUUCAUCUGUUUUCCACCCCUGAAUCUUUGGAAGGAUACAGAACAACUGCUGGAAAGGCCGGAGUGGUGACAGCUAGGAAAUCAUUCAAGAUACACGAGCUUUCAAAGAUAAUGAUACUGCACUUGAAGAGGUUCAGUUAUGGAAAUCGUGGGUGUACUAAACUGUACAAGCCACUCCACUUCCCUCUUGAACUGGUCCUCAAUUGGGAUCUGCUGAGCUCACCAUCAUCAGAGGGUAGAAGAUACGAGCUUGUUGCAACCAUCACUCAUCACGGGAGCGGCCCGUCCAGGGGCCAUUACACUGCUGAUGCGAAGCGUGACGGUGGGCAGUGGCUUCGGUUCGAUGACGGCCAUGUCAUGCCCAUCAAUGUGAACAAGGUGUUGCAUAACCCAGCGUAUAUCCUGUUCUACGAGCAAGUUUAA